CUGGACUCGUCACUUUUAUCAGCGAUAGAGCCAACCAAUGGUAGAAGCAAAUACCAACAUGCAGUAUUCGUAUUCGGGAUGUGCUCUUCUAUCCUCAUUCUAGAAGCACAGAUUUGACCUUGGCGAGAUGGGAAAAUACGCCGCUUUGUCGUACCACCUCCUGAGCGGAUGCCGGUGAAUUUUGAUCAUGCCACUGGCAUCUGCCCCCCCUUGCACCGUCCCCGAGUCUUCAAACAACGAUCCAAAGCCCGCCAUGUCCACACGCGUAGCUGUUGGUGCACGAGAUCCAGGUCCCCGCUGGAUGUACAUGAAUGUUUAUAAGUCCUUAAGCCGACCCCUUCUCUGCUUUCUUGCGCCCUUGUUAAACCCGGUAUCGCUGUUUCGUCGUGCUUUGAGACCAGCCUCUCUCGUCUUUCUUCCAGUCACUCUCUCGAGCUCUCUCACUCAAGUUGGGGUGCACCCGACACCAUGUCGUCCUGGAACUCGACUGUCGUGUUCCCCAACCACACCUCCACACAGGACUAUUUCGGCGUGCUCGACGACGUCAGCAGGUACAAUGUCCAGCUCAACGUCGUUGAGCGCCUCUGGGCGGCAUGGUAUCUGUGGAUGCAGAACGACAUCCUCGCCACAGGCAUCAUGACCUUUGUCAUGCACGAGAUCGUUUACUUUGGCCGCAGUCUGCCGUGGAUCAUCAUCGACGCGAUCCCCUGUUUCCGCAGAUGGAAGAUCCAAAAGGUGCGCGCCUCCGGCCCCUUCGCCGCCUUCGCGCUGCGGAUGAUCCAAAAAAUCCCAACCUGGAAAGAGCAGUUCGAAUGCGGCGCCCUCGUCCUCUUCAGUCACUUCACCGUCGAGCUCCCGCAGAUCUGGCUCUUCCACCCCAUCGCCACCUGGUGCGGCCUCGAUUACGGCGUGCCCUUCCCGCCCUGGUGGAAGACGGCCUAUCAGAUCGCCAUCUUCUUCGUCCUCGAGGACACCUGGCACUACUGGGUGCACCGCGGCGCCCACUGGCCCCCGAUCUACAAGUCCGUCCACAAGAUGCACCACUACUACUCGGCGCCCUUUGGCAUGACGGCCGAGUACGCCUCUCCGAUCGAGGUCAUGUUCCUCGGCCUCGGCACCGUCGGGUGCCCCGUACUCUGGGUCCUCAUCACCAAGGACCUACACCUAUUCACCAUGUACUCGUGGAUAGUCUUGCGGCUGUUCCAGGCCAUCGACAGCCACUCCGGCUACGACUUCCCCUGGUCCUUGAGGCACGUUCUCCCCUUCUGGGCCGGCGCCGAGCACCACGACGUGCACCACGAGAAAUUUAUCGGUAAUUAUGCCUCGAGCUUCCGGUGGUGGGACUACAUCAUGGACACCGAGGCCGGGGCCGAGGCCCACCAGCGCAGACGCGAGAAGAGGAUGGCCAAGGCCAAGAAGGCCCAGUAGAUGCUUCGGGAGUAUCUCCAGACGGGACUGGACAGGAGGGAAAUCAAGCAUGGUGACAUAGUAUUUCCCGGUAGGGUUCGAAGAGGCUGGAGUCGUUUAAAAGGACCAGGCUGUGUGUUCUUUCUUCUACGGCCGUAAUGACAACCUUGUUGUAAAGAAUUGUAAUUUGACUAGAUUUAUACACGAAAUGUGACGAUCUCUAUCGUCACCUUCUUUAACGUUACACAACGUCAAAUUGAUUGCCCUCGGCAACGAACAUUACGUAUUC